UCAUUUUUGUAGUUAUUUUUAUUGUGUCUUUUAUAUUGUGUUUUUAUGUUAAAUGGUGUAAGGUGACCUUGGGUGUUAGAAAACUUGCCAAUAAAAUGUAUUGUUAUUUAUUAUCAUUUUAGUUGAGCAUAGUGAAGAUGAAUUAGAAUUAACAUGACAAAGAUGAUGAGCUGCUAGGUGAAAGUGGCAGACAUAUUUUCUCUCAAAUAGAGUAAAAAAACUAUAUCAUUUACUCUAUUUCACAUUUUUUUCUGUUUCUGCUACAGGAUUUAUGUCCACCAGAACAUGUAGAGCAACAAGCUGCAAAGUCAUACAGAUCAAUAAAGGCAUCAUCAACCGCUCAGCAUGGCAUCUUCCCCUGGGUUAAGUCUGGACCCUUUACCCAUGCUUCAACUCCAUGACGGGGACUACAGCAAAGCUUCAGAGAGGCCGACCUCACCAGGGCUUCUCCCUACUAUGUACAGUCCUCCAAUGGGCAUAGAGGGCCACACCGUUUGCAUCCCCUCUCCUUACACAGAUAGUAGACAUGACUACCACGGACAUCUACCCUUGACUUUCUACAGUCCUUCGGUGCUGAGCUAUACCAGAGCACCCAUCGCUGACAGUCCAUCAUCCAUGUGUCCCCCUCUGAGUCCCUCUGCCUUUUGGCCCUCUCACAACCACCACAGCAUACCUUCUUUGACUCUGCACUGCACCCAACCUCUUGUCUACAAUGAACCAAACCCACAAGGACCCUGGCUUGAGUCAAAAUCCCAUGGCAUGAACCCAAACAGGUAGGACUGCAGAUACUCACCUAUGGAUGAAAAAAAUACACU